AUGAAAGACACGGGCCAACAUCCAACAGCAGCAGCCCUGUCGUCCACGGGCUCGGCAGCACCUGCAGACGAAGCAGCAACGGAAGAUGGCACCUUUGGUUUUCCGUACAUCCCUUAUCCUUCCCAGCUGCUUUUCAUGGCUGCGGUGUGGAGGGCCCUCCAAGGCAGCAGCCAGAAGACAAAGUUUGCUGCACUUGAGUUGCCUACUGGGGGAGGCAAAACUUUGUCGUUUCUCUGCCCCUCUGUGGUGUGGCUGAAGCAGCAAGCGGAGCAGCUCCUCCUGCAGCAGUUGCAGCAGAAGCAGCAUCAGGCGCAGGUCCAACAAAAGCAGCAGCAAGACUCGGAGCCAACCAGGAAGAAGCCAGCAUGGGUCAAGACGGCAUUGCUGCAACAGCAUCGGCAACAAGUGCAGCAUUUCCUUAGGGAGAGAAGGAAACGGUUGAAAGAAGCUGCGGCUCGUGCUCAUGUAGCAAUAACAGCUGCAGCUGCAGCUGCAGCUGACCCUGUUCAUCAGCUGGAGCAGCAGCAAGGUCGGGAUUGCAAAUUGCCGGUGGGCUCUAAGCGCCACGCAGCCACAAACAGCUUGCUGAAGCAGCAGGAGCACGCAGAGUAUGACGCGUUUGCACCUGAGGAGCGUGGGGCUUCUCUGGACUUAGAAGGGACCGGCCCCCGCCACGAAGCUUGGACUCUUUCUUCCCAGCAAGGCUCCCCUUGCAGUCUCCGCAACCCCCAAAUAGUAAUAUGCAGCAGGACGCACCAGCAGCUCCAGCAAUAUGUUGGUGAAAUUCGGCUGAUGCACAAGCGGGGAAGGCGAAAGGAAAUAAAAGACUUUGUUGCAGUUGUUGCAGCCGGUAGGCAACAACUGUGCCUACACCCAGAUGUAUGCGAUGGCAGCGGCAGCAGCAGCAGCAACGGCAGCAGUGAUAUGGCGGACAAAUGCUCUUAUCUGGUUUCAAAAGGCAUGUGCAGUUACUACAAAAGGAAACAUUUGGUUGCGGACGCUGCAGUAGCUGCCCCGCUCGACAUAGAAGACUUGAGGCGUGUAGGAAAAUCUGUUGGCGGGUGCCCUUAUUACGGCUGCCGAACAGCAGUAACGGAAGCAGACGUCGUGCUGCUGCCAUUCUCUCUGGCAUUUUCUGCUGAUAUAAACACAGCAGAGAGCACGGCUGUUUCAUUGGCGGGUUCAAUUUUCUGUGUUGACGAGGCUCACCACCUGUCUGCUGCUCUUAGCAGCAGCAAAUCUGCCGCCCUUUCCCACCAAACAGCAGCAUCUGCAGCUCGGGUGCUUUCGCUGUAUGUUGAACACUUUAAGGAUAGACUUACAUCACGAUCUCUCCACUUGCUACAGCAGCUCUCGAGAUUGGUUGAGACCAUUUACAAACGACUUCAGCCGUUCUGCUGCUGCAGCCAACAGCAGCAGUCGACACGGCAACAACAGGAGCAGCAUCACCAUGCAGUGGAAGAUCUCUUUGUUAGCCCAAUUGGGGCACCGGCGCAUUCGCCAGCAGCAGGAACAGCAGAUACAACGACAGCGGCAAUAGCUGCCAAUUCUGCGGAUGUAUCAGCUAGGGAUGAGGAGACUGUCCUAACGGCGACAGCGUUGCUGCGCCUUUUCAAGCUGGAAAAUUUUGACCUUCACGAGUUGAUUGCUUUUCUUUCAGACCCCAGUCGACGCAUCUGUCAGAAAGUGAGAGGAUUUGCAAUGAACUAUAACGAUAGAUUGCAGCAGCCGCAGCAAAAGCAGCAACAGACGAAAACGCUGCAUAUGCAGAAGCAAAUAGACCAGCAGCAUUAUACGGAAAACUACAUUCUGGAGCCGUCUUGCCUGUAUGCGGUUAAAAGCUUUCUCUGCGCACUUCUCGGGAUGGACGCCGCUGACAGGCUCUCUAUAACGAACGUGCACGAACAUCCAACAGCAGCGUUACCAGCAGUGGGACCUGCUGGUAAUGGUGAUCGAAAGGCAGCAGAUGAAAUGGAAACAAAGCACAUCGCUCUCAGCACGUGUUGCUGCUGUAGACUUGAGGUUGUAUGCCUAGCGACUGUAAAGGCGAGUCGGCUGGUGGUGUUGAUGGGGGGGACGCUAUCUCCCUUUGAGUCGCUUUCCCGUUUUGUGCGCUGCCUGCCUCCCACUAGUUAUCUAUUCCUCUCGGCGGACUGUGGUGCAGCAAGAGACAGAGUCUUGGCCCUUCCCAUUCGUAGGCUGUCUUCUACUUGUUCCGACUUCUGUUUCGAGUUUUCUCAGCGCAUGCACUUCCCGACGCAAUUCGUGUCCUUGCUGCGCCUGCUGCUUUGCGUCUCUGGCUCUGUUUCUGGUGGUGUCGUCGUUUUCUUUCCUUCGUUUGCAACGCUUCAGUCCUUUCUUGCUGUUGCUGGCAUUUCUGGGGGCGGUGAUGGGGUUGCUGUUGCUGAAUCAAUAGUAGAAGAGUUGAAGAGGCGGGGGCCUAUUUUUGCAGAGAGACGGACACCGGGACCCACGAUAGCGGAGGCGGGUAUCCACAUCGCUUACGGAACGGCUCUUUGGCAACUGUACAGCUGUGCCGUUUUAGGGGGAGAUUCUGCAGGGGGGAUGCGGAGAGCAACAAGUAUAAUGUGUACGAGAAAUUUGGACCUUGCGUGCAACAACAGAAGCAAACGUGGUUUUCAGUGGGAGGACAAGACGUGCAAAGCCUUAUCUGCCCAGGAGAGUUCCCCACAAUCAAAGACUGCAUUCUUAUUUUGCGUGAUGGGGGGCCGACUAAGUGAAGGGGUGAACUUCUCCAAUGCACUCGCACGCCUUCUGGUAGUGGUUGGCAUGCCCUUUCCUUCUGUAAAAGAUAAAAUAUUCAUUUUACACAAAGAGCAUUAUAAUGCAAUUAUGACUAAUCCGAAAGCUACGGCAGAUGAAGCCGAAGAAGCGAAGCCGGCACCAUCCGACUGGCCGGCAGAUGCCAAGCAGCUGCAACAGCAGCAAAGGGAGCAGCAUUUCGUUGACUAUGGUUUGUUGCAGUGCAUGAUCACUGUUAACCAGACAAUUGGCCGCGCCAUUCGUCACAGCAAGGACUACGCAGCAAUAUUGCUUGUGGACAGGAGGUAUAGUCUUGCCCGCGUGCAACAAAUGCUGCCACGUUGGCUUCUGCCGAGCCUGGACACGACACGCCGUGUAGACUAUGGGGCAGAGGACGACGUUGAAGGCAUAGCCAGGCGUCUACAAUUGUUCUUUGCACCUUUAGAAAGAUCGGAACAGGACAAGCGGACAUGCCUAGCAUUUUGA